AUGGGAGACGCAAUUGAUUUGUCUGGGGAUGGAGGAGUCAUCAAAACCAUUGUGAGGAAGAGCAAGUCAGAUGCUGUGGCUCCAACUGAAGAUUUUCCCGUUGUUAAUGUUCACUAUGAAGGCACGCUCGCUGAUACCGGUGAAGUCUUUGACACUACACAUGAAGACAACAUUAUAUUCUCCUUUGAACUUGGAAAGGGUAGUGUUAUCAAGGCUUGGGAUAUUGCCGUCAAAACCAUGAAGGUUGGAGAAAUUGCAAAAAUAACAUGCAAGCCAGAUUAUGCAUAUGGUAGCGCAGGAUCUCCGCCAGAUAUACCUCCAGAUGCAACACUGGUUUUUGAAGUUGAGCUAGUUGCCUGUAGGCCACAGAAGGGCUCUACUACUGGAAGUGUUUCAGAGGAGAGGGCUAGGCUAGAGGAGCUGAAAAAGGUGGAGAGAUUUCUGCCGCUAAGCCACGCCGCGAGAGAGGAAGAGACCUUUUUUCUAACCCUAAAAUUCCCUUUUCAAUUUUCAUAUCUUUUCUUUUUUUAG